AUGAGGACUGCCCUGGUCUUCGCCUGCCUGGUGGGGAUGGCGUGUGCCUUCUCGGUCAAGAGCUGGCUGCGGCGAGCCAAUUCGGAUGACUCGGAAGAAAACGCGGUGUUCAAGAACAGGCACCGCUAUUACCUGUACAGAUACGCCUACGUGCAUCCUCCGCAGCGACGGUACCAGGGCAGUGACUCAUCGGAGGAAGAGGGGGACGGCUCGGAGGAGGAGGAGGAAGGGGGGGAGCCAUCCCAUGCUGGCAUCGAGGCACCUGGCCACCCUGCCAGCCCAGCCCCCGGGGACAGCCAGGGCAGGCUGGGAGAAGACGUCACAUCCCCCCAGCAGGGCAAGGGCUGUCAAGGGCCCCCGAAGGGGGGCAAGAACAGCGCUGCUGGCAAGGGAGAUGACUCCGAAAAUGAAGACAGUGACGAGAAUGAGGAGGAGGAAGAAGAGGAGGAGGAAGAAGAGGUAGCCGAGAAUGAGAAUGGCGUCAACAGUACAAGCACCAACACCACUGAGGGGGCAGAUGGGCCUCAUGGCAAUGGCACCGCGGUGGCUGAGGAGGGUACGGGUGUGGCGGAGGACGAGGAGGAAGAGGAGGAGGAAGAAGAAGAGGAAGAGGAGGAGGAGGAGGAAGAGGAGGAGGAAACUGAAGCCACCACCAUAGCCAGCACCACCAGCGAAGAGGGGCUGUCCCAGGGGACCACCAUGGGAGAUGUGGGACCAACGGACGCCACCACGGCUGGGGAGCAGUGGGAAUAUGAGGUGACGGCCGGAAGCCAUGGCCAGGGGGACGGAGGCACCACUGAUGGCAGCUAUGGGGAGCAGGACGAGUAUGCCCGCGGCGACAGCUACCGGGCCUACGAGGAUGAGUAUGGCUACUACAAGGGGCACGGCUACGAUGUGUACGGCCAGGAUUACUACUACAGCCAGUGA